CUCUUCACAAUUGUUCUCUCCCUUUUUGUUUUUUCACUUGGUUUCUGAGCUUCUCAAGUGAUAGCCGUUAUAGCUAUCUUGAACAGCGGUUAUGGUUGCCCCAAAAUAAUUAAUUAAUAAUAAUUAAAAAAGCGUAAGGGAAUUUGUCUCUAUCAUUCAUAUAUUUUCACUACCCCACUUUCCCUUUCACAAGUUCCAUAGUUUUUCUUCUUACUCCUUAAUCUCUCUCUCUCUCUCUCCCUUCUUCACAAGAAGAUAAAAGAAACUGGGUUGCUUUUUGUCCAUCUGGGUUUUGGACAUCACAUUCUCUGCCCUCUCUUUUUCUUUGUGAUAGAACAAACAAGACCAAUAAGAGAACAGGGAGAGGAAAAAAAAAAGAAUAAGCUAUUCUUUUUUUUUUUAUGGGUUUUUGUUUAUAAAUAUUGUUAAAUCAAUCUUUUUUUUGUUCAAUUUUGAUCUUUUAUAUAAUAGUUCCUCUCUUGAUUGCUUGAUCCUUUAGACUAUCAUCACCGUCUCAUUCAUCGUGGCUUCGUGGGGUGUGAUAAAGUUGCUAAAUUUUCGCUGAUUCUUCCAACCCUACUUUCAAAAACGGUUCCUUUCUCUUGCACCCUCUGUCUCCAUCCAUAUAGAAACAAGAGAGUUUCCGUUUCUGUUCAUUUAGCCAUUUUUGCAUACCCUUUUUUCUUCUUCAUUCUUGUGUUUCUUUGUUUGUGAGGGAAAGUUUUUUUUUUUUUUUUGUUGCUAUUGCAAUGGAGAAAAACUGGGUUUUGAGAUGGAUUUUUGUGGUGGGGUUGAUGUGUUUGAGUGUGGAAGGGAUUGGUGUGAAUUGGGGAACUCAAGCAACCCACAAGUUGCCACCAGACACAGUGGUUCAGAUGUUGAAGGAUAAUGGGAUUAAGAAAGUGAAGCUUUUUGAUUCAGAUGACUCCACCAUGAGUGCUUUGGCUGGGACUGGGAUUGAAGUCAUGGUGGCUAUCCCUAAUAAUCAGCUUGCUGAGAUGAAUGACUAUGGCAGGGCCAAACAAUGGGUCAAGAAAAAUGUCACACGUUACAACUUCAAUGGAGGAGUUAAUGUCAAGUAUGUAGCGGUCGGGAACGAGCCAUUUUUAAAAUCCUACAACAAUUCAUUCUUGAAUAUCACCCUCCCUGCACUGCAGAACAUUCAAAAUGCCCUUAAUGAAGCAGGUCUUGGAGACAAAAUAAAGGCUACAGUGCCCUUAAAUGCUGAUGUGUAUCAGUCUCCAGAGAGUAAUCCUGUUCCUUCUGCAGGAAUAUUUAGGCCUGAUAUCAGUGGUCUCAUGACACAGAUAGUGCAAUUUCUCAGCAAGAAUGGUGCCCCAUUUACCGUGAACAUUUACCCCUUCUUGAGCCUUUAUGGUAACGACGAUUUUCCUUUCAACUAUGCCUUCUUCGACGGUGUGGACAAUCCGGUAAACGAUAACGGUACUCCAUACACCAAUGUCUUUGAUGCAAAUUUUGAUACCUUGGUUGCUGCUCUCAAAUCAGUUGGGUUUGGGGACCUGCCUAUUUUGGUGGGAGAAGUAGGAUGGCCUACUGAAGGGGACAAGAAUGCCAACGCAGGCAAUGCUUUGAGAUUCUAUAAUGGCCUUCUGCCAAGGCUUGCAGCAAAUAGAGGCACCCCACGCCGCCCUGGAUACAUUGAAGUUUAUCUAUUUGGACUCAUCGACGAGGAUGCCAAGAGCAUUGCGCCAGGAAACUUCGAACGCCAUUGGGGAAUAUUCAGAUACGAUGGACAACCUAAGUUUCCAAUGGACCUUUCUGGUCAGAACCAAAACAAAUUUCUCAUAGGUGCACAGAACGUGAAAUAUCUUGCUCCUAGGUGGUGCAUGUUUAAUCCUGAUGCCAAGGAUCUCAGCAAACUUCCAGAUAACAUUAACUAUGCUUGCACCUUUGGAGAUUGCACCGCGCUUGGAUAUGGUUCUUCGUGCAACAAUUUGGAUGCAAAUGGGAAUGCCUCUUACGCGUUCAAUAUGUACUUCCAAGUGCAAAAUCAGAACCCCAUGGCAUGCAAUUUUCAAGGUUUGGCCAAGCUUACAACGGAUAAUAUCUCAACACCCACUUGCAAUUUUAUCGUUCAGAUAGUUAAUUCUUCAGCCUCUUCUUUGAUGAUGCCCUCACUAGUUGCUAUCUUGUUUGUUAGUUUAUUCUUGAUUCUGUUUUCUUAGGAUUUCUUUGUACAUACAUUAGAGAUGUUAUUUUUUAUUUAUGGUUUCAUUAUUUCUUGGAGAUAUAGUCUGGAUGAUAUUAAUUAGUUUACAGUUUCUUUCAAUACUGAAUUUCUCA